GGCGGCCGACGGAGGAGGAUAAGUGGAAUAUCGAACGGAGCGGAUUUUAAGUGCGUGCGCAGUGCGCGAAGUGCGAACACACCGGGGCGCCGGACACCGAGACGUUUCGAAGGUUAGAUAAAUGGUGAGAGCCCAGCACAAGCCAUGUACAAUCUGAACGUGAACGUGAAUCCCAGCCCGACCGGGGCCGCGGGUCUUCUCGGUGUCACGGCGGCGGCGGCCGAGGUCACGCCAAGGACACCGGAAAUCGUAAAUUCGCUGAUCGCCAUGACCAAUCCCUUCGAGGGUUACGGCAGCGGCAACGAGAAGGGCAUGCGGGACCGUACGGACUCGACCAGCAGCGGCGAACCGAGCCCGCCAAGCGUCCAGCACACCUGUAGUCAGCUUAUCAAAGAAGGGCUGAAGUUAACGCUGCAGACGAAGAGGCGGGCGAACAGUAGUGGCGACGACAGUAAGAAAAAGACGAAGAAGGAGGACGGCAGCGGCGCCGACGACGAGGAAGAGGACGAGGCGAGCAACAACAACAACAAAGCUGGUGAUAUGGACAUCAGGAUAAAAAAUGCGGAAAUCCUUUGCUCGUUGCAGCUGACGCCGGAGGACGAGGAACGGCGCCGGCGGCGGCGCGAGCGCAACAAAAUUGCGGCGACCAAGUGUCGGCUGAAGAAGCGCGAGAAAACGGUGAUUCUCGUGCAGGAAUCCGAAAUCCUCGAGACCCAAAACCACGACCUGAAGUCCCAGAUCCAAGAGUUGGAGACACAGAGGCGCAGGCUGGUCGACAUGCUGAGCCUCCACGGUCCUACCUGCUUGAAGGGCGUGGACACGACGUCGUUUCAGCAGUUCGCCGAGCCCCUUCAUCUCCCCAGCUAUCAGGACAAUUUUGUGCCACAGCAACCCCCGCCGGCCCUAAAUCAGCCGCAGAACUGCGUCACCGAGUAUCCGGUGAAGGUCGAGGAGUACGAGACCGAUUUCUACCGGCAGGGUAGCCCCUUCGUGCCGACAACGUCGGACGCCGGUUGCACGGUUUAGCGAAACGGCGAAAAUCGUUUUUCUUCGCCAUCUCGAGGGAGGGAGGAUCGCCGAGAAGCCCGGAGCGCGUGUAUAAUAAUUGAAGGUUCUUGGAGUAUUAGAGACGGUCUCACCAACAUUAAUUUAGUUUAGCCAAGAUACAGAACUUCAAAAGAUAUUUAAUUGUAAGGCCGGUAUUCAUAGUCACUUCAGAUCAUCUUCAGAUACUCCGUAGCUAAUGAAACGAGUCGUACAGCAUCUAAAGAUAAACUUGAGACGAUCUUAAAUAUAAGAUCUGACUAUGAAUACCGCUCUAAAAGAUAUCUGAGGAACAUACUUUCAUAAAAAAAAUAUAUAUUUUUUUUGUUCCACACAGAUAGAUGAUAAUAUUAACGAAGAUUGAAAAUUAUAUGGUGAAUGUUAAUUGUUGGUGAAACUCUCUUCGCGAAUUCAAUUUUAAAGAUAUUUUGUAUAAAAUUUCAUUGAGAGUUAUGAGAAAGUGUUUGAAAGAAAUUUUAAUA